AUCGUACUUUGAGCGGGGAAAUUCCUGGCGCCUGACCGUUGUAGUUAUCUGUCGACUGCGAAGCAAACGUAAGGGCGUUGUUUCGCUGGCUCUGAAGGAUGUCGUCCGAAAAGUACCUCGUGGGCUUCUCCAAAGAACUGGAUUUCAGGCCCAUUGAAUGUGUGGAUCUGCAUUCCACAAGAUACUGCUGUCUCUGCAACGUCGUUCCCACGGUGACUUUUCUUUUGGGAUGCUCGCACGCUUUCUGCGAGCUGUGCUACGAGAAUCUUCUCGGUACCGAUCGACGCUGUCCUCUGGACGAAACUGACUUUGAGCAGGACGAUGUUUCAAAGUUGACAUUCAAAGCGAAACGUCUGGAGAGAACAACUGUUCGUUGCUUCAACGCAAAAAACGGGUGCAACGUCGUAGGAACGAUACAGGAGGUGGAGUCUCACUUCUUUGACGAAUGUGCCUACUAUGCCGUGAUAUGUACCAGGUGCAAGGCCAGUGUACUUCGUCGGGACAUUGUCAGUCAUUGCGGAACAUCGUGUCGUCAAGGAAACACGUCCUCUGUUUCCUCUAUUGGAGUCCACAUUCCAAUCACCGGAUGUUCGUUCGACCCUGUCAAAGAAACUUUUGUCUCCGUGGAAAGUGUUCUGAAGAAGGUAUCAACCGUUGAACAUCAGUUGCAUGGGUAUGCCGAGGAAAUCGACAGUUUAAAGGAAAUGGCGUUGAGGAACGAACAACUCCUGAACAGGCUUCUCGAGAACCAGGAGCGUGUUGCUGCUGAUGUUGGCAACACAGAGAACAAGGUGACGCAGCAAGUGCAGGACCAAGCGGAGAUUAAGGGGUCACUAAGAGGCGUUGCUGAAUUACUCUCAGUGGUUGAACUGCAAAUGUCAUCAAUAAGCCGUGACAACGUCGCUACGAGUGCAGUGAAUAAAAACGUCGAGCAAGUGAGUGAGCGAGUGGGAAACUUGAUGGACACGCUCCAACAAAUAAGUGCUACAUUAAAUGAUGUGAAAGGAAUCAAAGGGGAACUGAAUCCUCUGUUGCAGUGCUCCGCGGAAUUGACAAAAUUUACGAAUGCCGACGAAGAAGCUAGAGAAAAAAUGCUACUCGUGAAGGCGAUACUCGGAACUUCCACAGAGAUUGGGAUCGUAGCGCAACGUGUGUACGCGUUGUAUUCCUCCGUGGUACCGCAGAAGAUGGAAGCUUUCUUUCAUAUUGGAGACAUUUUUGAUAUAGCAUUGAACAUGUCACGACAAAGGUUCACUUUUGGCAUGAAACGUUCUUCUGUAGUGUUUGUGCUUUGCGGAUACUCUGUGAGGUUGCGCGCACACUUUAUUGCACCCGAGACCCUUUCGCUGCGAUUCUCACUGUGCAAGUCUCAGAGCGAUGCCCUUCUCAAGUGGCCUUUUACAAUCCCCUUCACCUGUAGGUUCAUGCAUCCAAGGGACUCGUCGAAGCACAUCGUGUGCCGUACAGUUCACCCAAAGGCUGACUUAAAUGGUGGUUGUAAUAAUGGCGCAUAUUGCAGGCCAACCGAUGCUGAAAACGAUGCCGUUCUUAUUGAACCGGCGCCAUCCGUAACCACUCUAAGGGCAGAUGGCUUCAUGCAUGACCAUUCUGUCUGCAUUGGCAUAAGGCUUCACCCUGAAAUGGCGUGACAAAUAUCUUCCAAGAGUGCGCCCCGUCUGACAUGCCAAAGCUCGUCUAUACACAAGUAUAUUAUGUACUCUGUUGUUUCUUCGCAGCAAGAGUCAUCCUGACAGGAGGAAAACGAGUAAUUAUUUUGCAACUUGCUGCACGGCAGUGAUGUCACGGUGUGUGAGCACGUUAUGUCCUCCUUCACGCCCUUAGAAAAAAGGGUGGAGCAGUUACACCUUUUAGGAAGUAAUAGUUAUUGCAUAUGUUGUGCCAAAAAAGGCUGCAAAGUUCUGCCUGCUAUCUCACCCCCAAAACAGAACUUCACCGCAUAGCACGUUGUCCGCCAACCAUUGCCUCGAAAGAUAGGGUUAUCGCUUCCCAUUCAGUGAGCGAGGGGUGGCGUCAGAGAUGGGCAAACUACCUCAAAAUUCUACUUCAAGUAAAGUACCAAGUACCUGGUGUCGUUAGUACUUCAAGUACAGUACAAAGUACCCAAUUCCAAAUGUACUUCAAGUAAAGUACAAAGUGCUAAGCAAAAUACUUCAAGUACUCAUCAAGUGCUUCGUCAAUUUAAUUUAUCACUUUGCAUUCCCCUGUUUAGUAUCUUUGUCUUCCUUCUUUUAGCAAAACUUCAACGCACAUUCUUGACAAAUGCUCUGAAACCAUAAAGUCCUAGGUUAAGUACUAACCCCUGUAUAUGAACUUAAUCAGCUGUUAUAAUUUGCAGUUACAUGUAGAGAGGUAAUCAGUCAGCUGUGGUGCGAUUUUGCAAAAUAGUAGUAUGCCCUGACUGAUCCAAGGUCACCCACCUAGUGUGGUGUUCCGGUACUAAUCUUCGGGUAUAAGAGGCUAGAUAAUGUCAGGGUGGAAAAGUACAAGCCAACAGAGAUUAUACAUUUCUUGGCAUUCCUUGCUGCUUUUUGGAAUACAUGUUUAAAAAAGAAUACAGAGAAAAUUAAAAAAGGAUGAAACACGAUGUAAGCUUUCAUUUUUAUUCGACUGUGAUAUGCAGCAAUGUAAUCCAUGUGACGAAUUAAAAAAACGUAAAAUGUAGAA